CUAUUCCAGAAAUUAUACUGUGGUUAAUUCCAAAAUCAUCGUGGUCACAAUCAGGCCUGAACCCAAGACGACUGACUCAUUCCUGGAGAUAGAGCUGGCACAUUUGGCUAACGGUACUUUGAACCCCUACUGUGUGUUGUGGGAUGACUCGAAAACGAACGAAUCUUUGGGAACGUGGUCCACCCAGGGAUGUAAAACUGUGCUUACGGAUGCAUCCCAUACGAAGUGCUUAUGCGAUCGUCUCUCCACCUUCGCCAUUUUGGCUCAGCAACCUAGAGAAAUAAUCAUGGAAUCCUCUGGCACACCUUCAGUUACCCUCGUAGUAGGCAGUGGCCUUUCUUGCCUGGCUUUGAUCACCCUGGCAGUUGUCUAUGCAGCGUUAUGGAGGUACAUACGCUCUGAGAGAUCCAUAAUCCUGAUUAACUUCUGCCUGUCUAUUAUCUCAUCCAACAUCCUCAUCCUGGUGGGACAGACUCAGACGCAUAACAAGAGCAUCUGCACCACCACCACUGCAUGUUUGCACUUUUUCUUCCUGGCUUCAUUCUGUUGGGUUUUAACUGAGGCAUGGCAAUCAUACAUGGCUGUAACUGGAAAAAUCAGGACGCGUCUCAUAAGGAAACGCUUUCUGUGCCUUGGAUGGGGUUUACCGGCAUUAGUGGUGGCCACCUCGGUGGGCUUCACCAGGACGAAAGGUUAUGGCACCGACCACUAUUGCUGGCUCUCUCUUGAAGGAGGACUGCUGUACGCUUUUGUUGGACCUGCAGCUGCUGUCGUCCUGGUCAACAUGGUGAUUGGCAUUUUGGUAUUUAAUAAGCUUGUUUCCAGAGAUGGAAUCCUAGAUAAAAAACUCAAACACAGAGCUGGUCAGAUGAGUGAGCCUCAUAGCGGUUUGACGCUCAAAUGUGCCAAGUGUGGAGUAGUUUCAACAACAGCUUUGUCAGCCACCACCGCCAGUAACGCCAUGGCCUCUCUUUGGAGCUCGUGCGUGGUUUUGCCCCUUCUGGCUCUGACGUGGAUGUCUGCAGUUCUAGCUAUGACGGAUAAACGUUCCAUAUUGUUUCAGAUUCUUUUCGCUGUGUUUGACUCAUUGCAAGGCUUUGUUAUAGUCAUGGUCCACUGCAUUCUUCGGAGAGAGGUUCAGGACGCAUUUAGAUGCCGACUGAGAAACUGCCAGGACCCGAUCAAUGCAGACUCAUCAAGUUCUUUUCCUAAUGGGCAUGCUCAAAUCAUGACAGACUUUGAAAAGGAUGUUGACAUUGCUUGCCGAUCAGUUCUUCACAAGGACAUUGGUCCUUGCCGGGCAGCAACGAUAACAGGGACACUGUCCAGGAUUUCUUUAAAUGAUGACGAGGAAGAAAAAGGCACAAACCCAGAAGGGCUGAGUUACUCCACCUUGCCUGGAAAGGUCAUUUCCAAAGUCGUCAUCCAGCAGCCCACAGGCCUGCACAUGCCCAUGGGCAUGAGCGAACUGAGCAGUCAGUGUCUGAAGACAGAGCACAGUGAGUUGCGGAGAACUGUGUACCUGUGCACAGAUGACAAUUUAAGAGGGGCUGAUAUGGACAUAGUCCACCCUCAAGAAAGAAUGAUGGAAAGUGACUAUAUUGUGAUGCCCAGGGGCUCUGUGAAUACCCAGCCAUCACUGAAAGAGGAAAGCAAAAUGAAUAUUGGCAUGGAGACCUUGCCUCAUGAAAGGCUAUUGCACUACAAAGUGAACCCCGAAUUUAAUAUGAACCCCCCUGUAAUGGACCAGUUCAGUAUGAACUUAGAUCAACAUCUUGCACCCCAGGAACACAUGCAGAAUUUGCCCUUUGAGCCCCGCACAGCUGUGAAGAAUUUCAUGGCCGCUGAGUUGGAUGAUACUGCAGGACUUUCGCGGAGUGAAACUGGAUCCACAAUAUCAAUGAGUUCCUUAGAGAGAAGAAAAUCACGCUACUCAGACCUUGACUUUGAGAAGGUCAUGCAUACAAGGAAGAGGCAUAUGGAGCUGUUUCAGGAGCUAAAUCAGAAAUUUCAGACUCUGGACAGAUUUCGGGACAUACCAAAUACAAGCAGUAUGGAAAACCCAGCACCAAACAAGAAUCCAUGGGACACUUUCAAAGCCCCCAGCGAAUACCAACAUUACACCACAAUCAAUGUCUUAGACACGGAGGCAAAGGAUGCUUUAGAACUGAGGCCGGCUGAGUGGGAAAAGUGUCUGAAUUUGCCUCUGGAUGUGCAAGAGGGUGACUUUCAAACAGAAGUUUAAGACUAUCAAACGAACUGAAGUGAAGACACGACAUUUUCAUGCAUCAUGCGUUGACACUAGAGGCUUGGGGCGCCUGACAUUACUAUCUGGACAGUGUGACAGCCCAAAGAGGACUUUCACGUGCCAACCGUCAGUGGUGUUUUCGUCUGGUCAAGGCCUCCCCAGUGUGGCAAGUGGAGAGAUGACCAGGUGUACAGUUCUGACCACCCUGUGCUGUAAGUACCCGUGGAAUGGAUUUGUAAGGUAAUCUUUAUAGAUAAACCUCAAGCAACGAUUCAUGUUGUAACCGCUUCAUAUGGUUUAGUUUUCAAAAAACUUCACCAUGAAGCACAAUGUAUAUAUUUAUGCAGUUUUUAAAGUUUAUAACAGUCUGUUUGGCCAUUACUACACUUUUUACUUUAUAAUAUAAAAGCAAAGUUUUUGUCAUUAAAUGAAUGUUUGUUGAGCUACAUUCUUCAUUGCUUUAAAUGCAAUAAAGUAAUAAUCUCACUUUUAUAUGAAUAAUAUAUUUCACAUCUUUAUUAUUGCAGUUUCUCUAGAAAGCUCUGAGUAGCUUUCUCUGCUGCAGCUGUGUAUAAAAUAUUUAAAAUGUUGUAUGGUGUAAAUAAACUUUUGUCUACAUAUCA